GAGGCCUGGUGGGGUAUGACUUGAUUAACACUGAACUUCGUUCUUUCUCCUAGAUUUCCUCGUCCUGUGACUGUGGAGCCCAUGGACCAGUUAGAUGAUGAAGAGGGACUUCCAGAGAAGCUGGUUAUAAAAAACCAGCAGUUUCACAAGGAACGAGAGCAGCCACCCAGAUUUGCACAGCCUGGCUCCUUUGAGUAUGAGUAUGCCAUGCGCUGGAAGGCACUCAUUGAGAUGGAGAAGCAGCAGCAGGACCAAGUGGACCGCAACAUCAAGGAGGCUCGUGAGAAGCUGGAGAUGGAGAUGGAGGCUGCACGCCAUGAGCACCAGGUCAUGCUAAUGAGACAGGAUUUGAUGAGGCGCCAAGAAGAACUUCGGAGGAUGGAAGAGCUGCACAACCAAGAGGUGCAAAAACGAAAGCAACUGGAGCUCAGGCAGGAGGAAGAGCGCAGGCGCCGUGAAGAAGAGAUGCGGCGGCAGCAAGAAGAAAUGAUGCGGCGGCAGCAGGAAGGAUUCAAGGGAACCUUCCCUGAUGCGAGAGAGCAGGAGAUUCGGAUGGGUCAGAUGGCUAUGGGAGGUGCUAUGGGCAUAAACAACAGAGGUGCCAUGCCCCCUGCUCCUGUGCCAGCUGGUACCCCAGCUCCUCCAGGACCUGCCACUAUGAUGCCGGAUGGAACUUUGGGAUUGACCCCACCAACAACUGAACGCUUUGGUCAGGCUGCUACAAUGGAAGGAAUUGGGGCAAUUGGUGGAACUCCUCCUGCAUUCAACCGUGCAGCUCCUGGAGCUGAAUUUGCUCCAAACAAACGUCGCCGAUACUAAUAAGUUGCAGUGUCUAGUUUCUCAAAACCCUUAAAAGAAGGACCCUUUUUGGACUAGCCAGAAUUCUACCCUGGAAAAGUGUUAGGGAUUCCUUCCAAUAGUUAGAUCUGCCCUGCCUAUACUACUCUAGGGAGUAUGCUGGAGGCAGAGGGCAAGGGAGGGGUGGUAUUAAACAAGUCAAUUCUGUGUGAUAUAUUGUUUAAUCAAUUCUGUGUGAUAUAUUGUUUAAUCAAUUCUGUGUGGUGCAUUCCUGAAGUCUCAAAUGUGAUUGUUGAGGGCUUGGGGAAACCAUGGCAAAGUGGAUCCAGUUAGAGCCCAUUAAUCUUGAUCAUUCCGUUUUUUUUGUCCAUCUUGUUUCAUUUCCUUGCCCCACUCCCAAGACGGAGUCUCACUCUGUCACCCAGGCUGGACUGUACUGGCACGAUCUCAGCUCACUGCAACCUCUGCCUCCCGGGUUCAAGCUUGUCCAGGCUGAUCUUGAACUCCUGACCUCAUGAUCCAUCCACCUCGGCCUCCCAAAAUGCUGGGAUUACAGGGGUGAGCCACAGUGCCCAUCCUUACUUUCUUAUCUUUACACUCCCCCAGUCCCAGAGAAACUGCCACAUACACCACAAAAACCAAACAUCCCCCAAUGACCUUAGCCCCAUUGCUCCAUUCACUCCCAGGUGAGAAUUCAGGCAAACGUCCACAAAGGUCACAGGCAAUGUGCGUACGGUUCUGUUAUAUCCCAUAUAUUACCCCUUCAUGUCCUAAAGAAGACAUUUUCUCUUAGAGAUUUUCAUUUUAGUAUAUCUUUAAAAAAAAAAAAAAAUCUUGUGUUAACUUGCCUCCAUCUUUUUCUUGGGUGAGGACACCCAGGAAUGACCCUUUUGUGUCUAUGAUGUUGCUGUUCACAGCUUUUCUUGAUAGGCCUAGUACAAUCUUGGGAACAGGGUUGCUGUAUACUGAAGGUCUGACAGUAGCUCUUAGACUCGCCUAUCUUAGGUAGUCAACGCUGUGCAUUUUUUUUCAUUGGUGUACUGUGUUUGAUUUGUCUCUGAUAUAUUUGGAGUUUUUCUGAGAAAUGGAGCAGUAAUGCAGCAUCAACCUAUUAAAAUAAAUUUUAAGCCUUUUAA